GGCUACUUCCCGGGUCGCGGCAACCUUCUUCAUCGUCUCCGCCGUGAUCGGGGAGAGGAAUCCAUGCCGGAACCUCCAGAGGACGAAUGGAAGAUUUCGAGAAGAAAGUGUCCAUAACCGACCCGAUGGACUCCGAGCCCGAAACCGCCGCCGCCUCGGCCGACGCCUCCGCCGCCGCCCCUCAAGUCCUCGACUUGCUCCGCCGGUUCCUCGCCGUCCAGCAGCGCAGAGCCGAAGCUUACGCCAGACUCAAAAGUGGUUUUGCUGAGUACAUGGUUUCGGGUGGGGAGGUGGCUUACCAGCAGCUAUGCGGCGAGAUCACUGCAGAGUUUAAUGAUUGCUCUAAACAGGUUAUCGAAAUGGAGUCCUUAUUUAUGGCUCCCGAUUACGGCCGGGUCGAUUUAGCUCAGAUGCUAAGGGCAGUCCAAGUGCAGGAAAAGCAGAAAUUGCAUCUGACUGCUACCAUUCAAUUGCUUAAAAAAGCCAGUCGCCCUUCAGAACGUCUUGUUAGCCAUGAGAACUGCACAUUCAAGAAGCCAAUGCAACAUAAUUGCGUGCAUCUUCAUGAGAUAACAGAGGCCGAAGGAACAGAAGAGGUGGAGGCAGAUGCCGAGUAUGACAAUGCACUUAAUGAAGCCAUCAGAGGCGUGCAGGAUGCUGUCACCACUAUAAACGAGCAUCUGGAAGAAGUCAGGUACGAAAUUGAAGCACUAGAAAGCCAGUAAGUUGGCGAAUUUAGCUACCUACAUGUGGCAUUGUUAGCACGACUGCUAUAUACUUUUUUAAUGGUGUAUAGUUAACACUUUUGCGUGGGAAUCUUGUUGCUUCACUGACUCCAUGUACAUCUGCAAGUACUCUACUCUCCUUUUUUCUUUUUCCUCUUUGGAUGACUUGGUAUCUCAAGGAGGUGUAACGACAAAGUGGUCUUUUGGCUAAUUGAUCAAUUUCUUUUGGUGGUGUAAA